AUGUCUUCACCAGAAGAAGAGGAAAGGGACGGAGGAAGAAACAGAAGCAAAAGUCGUCAACCUUCGUCCUCCUCCUCUCUGUUCUUCGUUCGGGUGGAUUUAGAAGAGGAGAAUAUUAAUACGAGCGAUGAUGAUGACGAGGAGGAGGACAAGUUCCCGUUCACCACCGGGAACAAAGUGAAGCGCUCGGAAGGGAGUUUGCGAUUAUUCCGAGAGGAAGAAGACCAAGAAGAAGACGACCAAGAAGGAAUGCAAAACGCUCGCUCUCGUAAUUCGUCGUCGUCGGAGUCGAAACUGGUCCUCGUGCCGUUCAUUCCGUCCUCGUUCUCGGUGGCUGAUUUCUUGGAUUUUAUCGCCCCAGUGAGAAUGAAAUUGAAAGAAGUGAGAGUGGUUGUUCCUCGAGAGCGAAAGCGCGAGGAAAGCGACAAAGCGAAGAAUACGAAUAAUAAAAGCUCUUCGUAUUAUUAUUUCGCGGCGAUAUUGCUCUUCGACGACUGCGAAAACGCGAGGAUGUUUACGAACAACUUUCACGGGCAACCGUUUAGUAGCUUGAACGACGAGGAGAUUUGCCGGUGCGUGUUCGUGAAGAGCGUGAAAUUCGGGAAGAAAGAUGAUGAUGAUGAUGAUGAUGAUGAUGAUGAUAAAGAGAAGAGCAUCACUGAGCUUCCGGCGACGUGUCCAGUCUGUCUGGAUCGGUUGGACGGGGACAUUUCCGGGAUAUUGACGACGAGUUGCGGGCAUCACUUUCAUUCGGAGUGCAUGUCCGGCGUGUCCGGGAGCGUCUGUCCGGUGUGUCGUUUUGCGUUGGACGCGACGGCGAAACGAGAGGCGAAAUGUGAAAGUUGUGAUUGUGCGAACGCGUCGUUGUGGACGUGUUUGAUUUGUGGCGUCGUCGGGUGUGGGAGGUACGAGAAUCGACACGCGGUUGCGCAUUGGACGGAAACCGGGCACUGCUAUUCGCUCGAAAUUGGUAGCGGACGAGUGUGGGAUUACUCCAGAGACCAGUUUGUGCAUCGAUUGAUCGAAGGGAAGCAUGGUUUGGUCGAGCUAACGCCGGACGAGAAAGGAAGGAGAGGUCGCGCGGGGAGACGCGUCGAAGGCCCAGGCGGAGGCGAAGGAGGGUACGCGACGAACGGCUAUUCCGACCCUGACGUUUUGCACGAGGAAGACGAUCCUGAACUCACGGAAGCGUUGGUCGCGUCCAAACUAGACGCCGUCGCGAACGAGUACGACCAACUGUUAGCCUCGCAAUUGGACCAGCAAAGACAACAUUACGAACGUCUUUUGAUGGACGCCGCUUCGGAUCAAUCGGAGAUGAUGACGAAAGUUGAAACCAUCGCCGAACAGGCGACGAAACUUCGCGUGCUCAAUCGAAGAGCCGACCACGCCGAGAAGGAAGUCAAGCGCUUGGAAGAGGAAAACGUGUUUUUAAAGCAACUCAACGAGCAAUUAUUGAGAGACGCCGGUGAAAUGCGAGAGACGAAGAUGACGUCCUCGACGAAAGAGAAGGAAAAGAUUGCGUCUCUGGAAGAAAAAGUGAGAGAGCUGGAAGGCAUGAACCGAGAUUUGAUGUUCUUCUUGGAAUCGAAAGAGACCAUUCAGAAAUCGAAAGGCUCGGAGUUGGACGCUCGAUUCGGUAAGAUCGAGUUAGAAGAGAAGGAAGAGACGCAACAAGGAGAAGUAGUACGCGGCGGGAAAAUUUCUUCGAAGGAUCGCAUGCGAGCGAAACUGAAAGAAAGAAACAAGAAAUAA